UCUUAUGCAGCAGUUUUAGGUUUCCCCAACCUUAACACACCUAAGAGUCGGUUUAUGAUAUGCACUGCCUAUUAUAUAAAGCCACAAAAACAUACUUUCUAUUAUUUAUCUGCUGCAUCAACAGGGUCUACUUCUGUUAUCCAUCACUAAUGCCCAUGUAUAUCACUCUACUUUUUUCCCAGUACAGUAGUUUUCCUUUAUCUAUUUUUAAAGAUAUCUACACACUUAGGUAAAUGCCUGAGUCAGCAUGUGAUGCUUUUGUAAAUUCUUCUGAACGUCAAACCUCAGGUACAGAGUAAUGACCUGCAACAGAUGAUAGACAGGCUUAUUGGUUGGAUAACGCAAUUAAUGUGACUAUUUGUUCAGAUCACUAACACAUAACUAAACAAGAAUUGUUUUUAUUAAAGUGCUUGUUUUUCCUUUAUUAUAAAGUUACAAAGUUGUAGAGUUUGAAGCACAACAGCUAUUGUAACCCCAUUUAUGUUUAUGAUCAAAUGUAAUGGUUUCCUUUUUUUUUUUUUUUUUUUGCCUUGAACAAAGUGCUCAUCAUACAAGAUCAAAUAAAUGAGCAUCAUCUCAGACUGAAAGAAAUGACUGGUGUAUUGUGUGCAAGCUACUGUGUGUACUUAUGGGAUAUUUUCAUGAUCAGUUGUUGAGGUAAAGUCACCUUGGCAAGUCAGCAGCUACAGAAGCUGAUUCAGGGCAAAAGCAAUGCAUUUCUAAAAUAAUUGCCUCUUUGCGAUGACUAGCCCUGUCCACAGAAAAAAAAAAAAAUCCCCACCUCUCCCCUUUGUCUAUUGUCCAGUGUGGGGUGGCAGCCAGUGGGCUGGACUAUGUUUUGAGUGGAGUGUGUGUUGGGGGGGUUAAAGAGCAGCAGUGAGGACCUGAGCAGGUAUACAGCAAACUCUCUUGCAGUCUCAGUCAUGAGUGUAGCUUGAUAGACAAGCAAGUAGAUGCAGAAUGAUGAAGUGGUGCAAAUUCUCAGAAACCAGUUUGGAGGAUCCACAGUGCAUGGUGAGUUUUUAUGACCCUCUCUUUCAUUUACAUCCAAAAUGAUUAACACUAAUAAGUAUAAUCAGCAAAGAAUAUAUAAGUGCAUUUUCUUUUAAAUAUAAAAAAAAUAUAUAAUUUUUUAGAACAAAUUUAGAUUAAUCUGACAAUUUAGAAUGAAGGGGUAAUUUAGUGUAAAAUGUCCACCUGAAUCCAGAAUGAAAAUCCUCAACCCUGAAGAGGACUGCAGAAGUUAUAGGGUGAUAUUUAUGUAUUUCUCUUGGUCUCAGCAUUGUGGCUCCAUAGGCUCCUCCAGGUUUCCACAGCGUGUGCUAUGGGGCAGCCUCAGUAUCACACUGCUCAUUGUUAUCAUUGCCCUUGUUGCCCUCGUUGUCACUGGGAAGUUCACACUCCAUCCAGACGUGCAGUCUUCGUUUCAGGUUGUCCGUAUCAUAGCUCCUGACAAUCCUGCUGCUCUGAUCAAUCAGUCUGCAUUAGUGGACAAACACAACAACAUUGUGACAUACUCAGUCAUCUCGCACACAAAUCACACAUCUACAGUGCUCUUUGACAUUAAACAUGGGUUAAUAUGCUACAAGCCUGACAACCAGGACAGCUGCUUCCUUCGUCAAAUGGAGAUGUCUGAUUAUGAAAACAUGCGUGCUCUCAUGGAUGAGUCCAAACAACAGGUGAAUCAGAUCUGGCUGGUGGGAAAUAAGACUCAGAGAGAAACUGAGUUUUUAGGUGUGUUGUCAGGCCGUCAUGUGGACGUUUCAGCCCUACAUCAACCGCUGCAAGCCUUCUGUCAGCAGAGACCAGUGUACUGGACCAGGAGAGCUAAUGGUCCCAAAGAACGACUAAUUUACUUCUGCAUUGACAUCUGCUUCCCCAACAACAUUUGUGUCUCUGUGUGUUUCUACUACCUGCCAGAAUGAGCGUCUAUUCAGUGUGUGUGUGUGCAGAAACACACAUCCCUGCUGGUAAUGAGUAAAAACUCAUCUUACUAUCACUGAGACACUACAUUCAUCGAGUCAUGUUACCCACAAUGACUCCAGACCUAUUCACCCAUUUUUUUUUAUUAUUUUUUUUUUUAUUAAAGUUUUCAAUUCACUGCUAACUAAAAACCCUGUUGAGAUCCAAUAAAGUAUCAUGAUUCUGAGUGAGUCAUUUUUUCCUGAGUGUAUACAUA